AUGUCCGUCAAAUUCGAAAAGGAAACCGUCAAGACUGCGACCAAGGUCGGCGGAGAACUCGCACAGAAGGUGGGCGCCAAAUUGACUGGAGGGAAGACGCAGAAUGGGUACCUGGCUGGUGCGACCAUGGUUCGAAUGCUAACGAUGCUGGGGCUCGCAAAGGCAUAUAUCAAGCAGCUCCAAUCGAAUCCGCUCCGUACCAAAAUGCUCACCUCGGGCUCCCUGUUCGGCCUGCAGGAACUCCUCGCCUCCUGGAUCGCACACGAUCGUAGCAAGCAUGGCCAUUAUUUCAAUUCCAGAAUACCCAAAAUGGCGGUCUACGGCGCUUUCAUCAGCGCACCGCUUGGCCACUUCUUGAUUGGCAUUCUGCAACGGGUCUUCGCUGGCCGCACCAGCCUAAAGGCCAAGAUCCUGCAGAUCCUGGCCAGCAACCUCAUCAAUCGCUUCAAGCUGCUAAUUGCGAUCCUUGAUGCCGCGCAGAUUUCUCCCAUCCAAAACGUCAUCUACUUGGCGUCAAUGGCCAUCAUUGCCGGCGCGCGUACCUUCCACCAGGUCCGCGCCACCGUCAAAGCCGGAUUCUUCCGUGUUAUGAAGGUUAGCUGGGUUGUCUCGCCGCUCUCCCUGGCGUUUGCCCAGAAAUUCCUCCCAGAGCAGACCUGGGUGCCGUUCUUCAACAUUGUCGGUUUCAUUAUCGGUACCUACAUCAACGCCCAUACCAAGAAGAAGAGACUCGAAGCAUUGAGACGCAAGCAAUACGGCUCCGGCAAGAGCACUGCCGGUCGCAGCGAAGAUUACCCACCAAGACCCAACUACUAG